UAUCCAAGAACUAAUGGAAAGAUCCUUCGGACGAAAAAAUUCGGAGACGACAAACGACAAUGCCCAGGUCGGAACCGGCAGCAGACGUCGGCCAGCAUCAUCAGAACAACAACAGCAGCAGCAGCCUCGGUACCGGGGAAUCCGCCGGCGCCCCUGGGGUAAGUUCGCUGCAGAGAUACGUGACCCAUCACGGAACGGGGCCCGUCUCUGGCUAGGGACGUUUGACACUGCAGAGGAAGCAGCGCGCGCCUAUGACCGGGCGGCAUACACUUUCCGGGGGCACUUGGCGAUCCUCAACUUCCCGAACGAUCUCCACUACCUCAACCGGGACUCUUCAUGUUCUUCUAGCAGUUCAGCUUCCUCUUCCUCCUCCUGCAUUGAGUUCGGUGCGCCGAGCUCUUUCCCCACGGGAAAUGGUGCAAACUUUGGGGAUAGGCUCCCUUCUAAUGAUGUGAUCGAGUUCGAGUACCUCGACAACCAGCUGUUAGAGGACCUUCUCAGAGAAUCUGACAGUUAGCUACCUAGGUAGAAUUCUGUGGGGAAGAAAACAUUGUUUCAAUCAUUUCGUUUUCUCUUUGAAGCAUGACAAUAAAACCUACAUAUUUGGUGUCAAGAAACAA